AUGUGUGAAAUUGCCAGAGCUGAAUCAAGCAAAUUAGUUGGAGACAAUAAACGAGCUAGGAUGAGAGUUUCGGCAGGCCAGCCCCAGUCUGCCAUAUCGUCGCCGCCUUCCGCAACAAGCAUCCGUUUCACGCCAACAUUCUGGCCACCGGAGCUUCACCGUGACGCCACCUCCGCCUGUACCUACAUAACAUCUGCCAUCUGUCUGCAACCAGUCAUCGUCGCCGCGUUAGAACUGACAAGAACUAAGUCGUGCCAGACAGCCACAUCACGUUCCAACCGGACGCCGGAGGCGAGACACACCGGCGGCAAGACAACCCACCCGCCGGCCGCUUCAGCUCUCGCCCGUCGCCACUAA